UCCCGCCUCGCCUCGCCGCGCCGCGCUGCUACCGCCGCUAUUUAUUCCCUCCAGAUCGCCAUUGUCCUCCCUCAUCACGGAAGCAAGAUCCAAUCCAUUGCCCUUUCCCCUCCACUCCCCUUCCCGCCGCAGCCAGAUCCAGCCCAUGGCCAGCACCGGCAACGCCCCCCGCUCCCGGAAGCGCGUCGAGGCCACCGUCCUCAAGCGCGCGCGCGACGGAAGCGCCUUCACCCGCUGCGAGGCGUGCAGCAAGAACGUCCCCGUCGUCCUCAUCGACCUGCACAGCUGCAGCCUCGACUCCAAGAUCCGCAGCAGCCUCGAGUCGCAGGUCGUGGAGAAGGCCGUCGAGGUCGCCGCCAAGGCCGAGAAGAAGAGGAAGUCGCCCUCUGCUGCCGCGGGCAAGGGGAAGAAGAGCAAGGCAGGAGGCGACGGUGCCAAGAAAAAGCGCCCGCAGACUGCCUUCUUCCUCUUCAUGAGUGACUUCAGGGCGGAGUUCAAGGCGGCUCAUCCCGACGAGAAGGGUGUCUCCGCCGUUGGCAAGGCAGCAGGGGAGAAGUGGAGGUCCAUGACCGAAGAGGAGAAGAAGCCCUAUGUUGACCAGGCCAAAGAGCUCAAGGCCAAGUUCGCCAGUGGCGAGGGCAGCGCGGAGAACAAUGUAGGAGACGAGGAGAAGGCAGAGGGUGAUGAGGAAGAGGUGGAGGAGGAGGAGGUGGUGGAUGAGCCAGAAAAGGAGGAGGAAGCUGAGGAGGAAGAGGAGAAGAACGAGCUGGAUGAUGACAUCUAGGCUGCUUCUGAAGAACAAGGGUGGUCGUUUCUGUUUGGGACCCUGUUUUGUAAAUGGCAACUUGUUCUGUCCAUGUCUGUCUUGGACAAACCUGAACCUCGACUCAACUUACUACUGCUAGCAGUAGUGAAUGUCUUUACUGGUUGCAGUCAGUUAUCAUUGUUAUGAAAUUGGAGUCAAAGCAGUGUUAAGAUGUUA